UGUCGUUCACUCAGUACUGUCAUUACUACAAUUCCUGCUGUAUAUUAUCACACAAUGAGAGGCUCUCUUAUGUUCACUCUUCUGUGCCUCUUCGCUACCGCAUGGGCUGGCGGCUAUCAAGGCUGCCUCGAACGCGUAUGGUUGUACCAAGCCUACUUAAUUGACAGUCUCAACGACUACGAUGAUCAAACAAUCGGUUUGCAGUGCAAAGGCAAGAACUACAAGAAAGACACAAAAACUUGUACCAAAUGGGAUAGAAUGCCAGGAAGCAAGAAAGGUUCGACGUUGUCCUAUGACCAGUUCAUAUUCGCUUUGGGUGGUGCAAAAGAUCGCACGGGAUGGGCCGUAAUGUCAGAAGGCAAGCUUGAUGCAAAAGCAACAGCUUUGAACACAUACAACAAGUACCUCACGCCACAGCCUGGUCAAGCCGCGGGUGCUGCUAAGGUCAAGAAUUUUGGUGCACAGUUAGCCGUGAAGGACGCAUUCGAAUGGAACCAGUGCAUCAUGAAAGCUGGUGAUGUCGUAGACCGGACGUACAAGGCUAAAUCGUCCGGUAUGGAUGAUGCUACAAAGAAGUUGUUCGAGAAUUUUGAUUCCACAAGAGACCUAAUCAUCAAUGCGCGUACAGGUGACCAUGGUCCUUUCCUCAUCGAUCAAGCACGGAAGAAGCUAUCAGGGAUGGACAUCAACAUCGAGGUCAUGGGCAAAAAUCCGGUUGACAGUAACAACAACUGGGAAACAGUUGAUUGGGCCGAGACCGAACGAGAAGCUCGCGAGGGAGGUGACAAGGAUGCGGGUACGAAAAUCACAAGCUUUUUGAAAGAGUGGUAUGGGAACACCGCCGAAGGUGAUAGUCACGCGAGAGAUCACAGGCAGGUGAUCAACUCAUUCAAGCGGGUCCGAGAUCAACAAAUUGCCUGCGGUCGUUGAUUGGAGGACAGGGCUGUCAUUAAAGUUCAAUGAAUAGCUUCAAGUCUCAGAUCCCGG